AUGAACAAACUUCUCACUUCUUCUGCCCGCGCUGCUGGGUCAUUGCUUCUCAAUUCUACUGUUAAGCCAAGCCCAUCUCUUAAAGUAGCCACAACAGCUGCUACAGCAGCUGCCGCCACUCUUCAGCACCGCAGUUAUUCGCCACGCAAAAUUAAACGCGACCCUUACAACAAUAAUGACAAGUUUGACGAACCAAGUACAAGCCCUCAACAGGAAUACUACGAUGCCCAGAAUGUGUCGUACUCUUACCCGCAAUUUUCUUCUCAAACCCCUCUCCCCGGAAGUGUGCUGCAGUAUUCGCACGGCGUUGCGGAAAUCCUGUCACAGCCCUGUCUUGUCAUGGAGCGACAAAUGGAAUUUAUGAAUCUCUUUUUGGGAUUUGAACAAGCAAACCGAUAUGCUAUUAUGGAUAUUGCAGGAAACCACAUUGGGUACAUGGAAGAAGAAGAUUUCGGCUUUACUAAGGCCAUCCUACGUCAGGUAUACCGUUUGCAUAGACCCUUUUCCGUUCGUGUUCUUAACCGUCAAGGCGAGCAUGUAUUGACAAUUCGACGUUCCUUUUCUCUCAUCAACUCGCGAAUCAAGACCCUUUUACCUGGUCCUCCAGGCUAUGAGCCUAUAAUUGUUGGUGAAAGCAAACAACAGUGGCAUUUGUGGCGCCGCAAAUAUAAUUUGUUUCUUUACACGGGUAAAGACACUUAUGACCAGUUUGGUGCAGUUGACGCGCCAUUCCUUGCAUUUACAUUCAACCUGAAAGAUGAAUCUGGAUCUUUGCUUGGGUCUGUGGAGCGUAACUGGGUUGGUUUAGGCCGUGAAUUGUUUACAGACACUGGUGUUUACAUUCUCAAGAUGGACCCUCAAACUAUUGACCCAGAUAUUUAUACAGCUAACCCAGGACUUGUAUCUCCAGUACCUAUGACUCUCGAUCAGCGUGCCGUGUUACUUGCAACAGCCGUCAGUAUAGAUUUUGAUUACUUUUCACGACACUCACGGAGCGGGGGACUCUUUACCUUUAACAGCUAUGAGUAA